AUGUCUGCUCCCGCCCACAAGUUCAAGGUCGCUGACAUCAGUCUCGCGGCCUUUGGUCGCCGUGAGAUUGAGCUCGCCGAGAACGAGAUGCCUGGUCUCAUGGAGACGCGCAGGAAGUACGCUGAGGACCAGCCGUUGAAGGGUGCCCGCAUCGCCGGUUGCCUGCACAUGACCAUCCAGACCGCUGUCCUCAUCGAGACCCUCAAGUCGCUCGGGGCUGAGCUUACCUGGACCUCGUGCAACAUCUUCUCCACACAAGACCACGCCGCCGCCGCCAUUGCCGCUGCUGGUGUGCCCGUCUUCGCCUGGAAGGGCGAGACCGAGGAGGAGUACGAGUGGUGUCUCGAGCAGCAGCUCACUGCCUUCAAGGAUGGCAAGCACCUCAACUUGAUCCUCGACGACGGUGGUGACCUGACCGCACUCGUCCACAAGAAGUACCCCGAGAUGCUCAAGGACUGCUACGGUGUCUCUGAGGAGACCACCACUGGUGUCCACCACCUCUACCGCAUGCUCAAGGGCAAGGGUCUGCUUGUCCCUGCCAUCAACGUCAACGACUCCGUCACAAAGUCCAAGUUCGACAACUUGUACGGCUGCCGUGAGUCGCUCGUCGACGGUAUCAAGCGUGCCACCGAUGUCAUGAUUGCUGGCAAGGUUGCUGUCGUCGCCGGUUUCGGUGAUGUCGGCAAGGGUUGCGCCCAGGCACUCCACAGCAUGGGUGCUCGUGUCAUUGUCACUGAGAUCGAUCCCAUCAAUGCCCUGCAGGCUGCCGUCUCCGGCUUCCAGGUCACCACCAUGGAGAAGGCCGCUUCCCAGGGCCAGAUCUUCGUCACAACCACUGGAUGCCGUGACAUCCUUACUGGCGUUCACUUCGAGGCUAUGCCUAACGAUGCCAUUGUCUGCAACAUUGGUCACUUCGAUAUCGAAAUCGAUGUUGCAUGGCUCAAGGCCAACGCCAAGUCUGUCACCAACAUCAAGCCUCAGGUCGACCGUUACCUCAUGAAGAACGGCCGUCACAUCAUCCUUCUUGCUGAGGGCCGUCUUGUCAACUUGGGAUGCGCCACUGGCCAUUCUUCCUUCGUCAUGUCCUGCUCUUUCACCAACCAGGUCCUUGCUCAGAUCAUGCUGUACAAGGCCUCCGAUGAGGCGUUUGGCAACAAGUACGUCGAGUUUGGCAAGACCGGCAAACUCGAUGUCGGUGUCUACGUCCUCCCGAAGAUCCUCGACGAACAGGUCGCCCUUCUGCACUUGGCACACGUCAACGUCGAGCUUUCCAAGCUCUCCGAUGUUCAGGCCGAGUACCUUGGUCUUCCUGUCGAGGGUCCUUUCAAGAGCGACAUCUACCGUUACUAG